UCUGAAACCUCAUUUUACUACCACGGCACUCUUCAGCCUCUGACGGUCUUUAACAGCCUCGGUGUAAGUCAGGCUAUGUUGUAAGGCUGUAUUUAGCAUGCAAUAAGCAAUCUUUGCAGCAGCCAGAAGAACGCAGGUUUACUCGCUCCCAAGGAGUGCUUUAUUGGCCUGUUUUUCGGGGUAGACCUCGGCUAUUUCAGCAGAGGCCCCCGGGGCAUCCCCAGCCUCACCUCGAGGAGCUCAGGGCCCACACGGUGCGAGGGGGGCGGCCGCCGGAGCGCGUCAAAGCACUUUUCGGUCUCGUUUUGUGUAAUAAAAAGCGACUUUCAGCAGCGCGUCAGCACCUCACGGGUGCGGGCGAGUUCCUAGAAGCGGAGCAAGUGACACGCGUUACUUAAAGCUUCCUUAAUUUCAUCCAGCCAAGCGAGGCGUGAGGGCGCUGCGCCCUUCGCGGGGCUCCGCUGGGGGGCAGCGGGGAGCCCGGGGGGAGCCCCGCGGCCAUCUCGCCCCACGCCCCGGGGGAGGAAAGGAGAACCCGGGGGUCGUGCUCCGGGGCCGUGCUGUGGGGCAGGCAGCCCUCCCCGAGCCCCCGGCCGGGCUCCUGAGGCUGCAUGCCGCCCCGCCAGCCCAGGUUUGCAGUCUUAAAAAAUAAAUAAAAUCAGCGUGAACUAAAGAAACUUGAAGCAUCUCAAAGAAACUGGUACUUUCCAUUGCCUGACUGACAACAAAUACAGAGAGCUUUGUUGCCUCUGAGUAUGCAUGCAUCUUGACUAUAUUUCUACAUGACCGUGAGGGGCACUGUUCGGAAUGAAGCUGCCAUCAUGUCAUCCACAGGCAACGGCACCGAUAUUGAAGAAUUCUUGGUCAACAUUAACUUGGGGCAGUAUCUUCCUAACUUUAAAGAAUAUGGCUAUAACAUUGUGACAGAUUGCACGGGCAUAAACAACAGCGUGCUUCAGCAAAUGGGAGUGUUACCUACAGGGCACCGCAGAAGGAUACUUAAGCAGUUAGACACUGCUCUUUCAAAAACGCAAGGACAUUUGCUUCUACAUGAAAAUACAAAACUCAAAGACUCGACAGGUUUAGAAAAGAAGCAAUAUUUGUUCGUGGAAGAGGAUUCUCCAGUAAGCAAUUUAAAUGCAGAUGAGACUGACUUGAUACCUGCAACGUCGUCAGUGCAACUUCCUAAUGAAGCUUACUUCGGUGAAGAAAGGUUCAAACUUGGAGAGCAGAACUUAUCAGAGGCAAGUGAUGAUAGCAUUACGAAUUUGGAUUUUUCUGGUUUAUACCAGAAUUCAGAUAGCAUACUAAAAGCUGUCAGUCUAAGUGGAAGUAUUGAGAUGAAUGCUCAGCCGGAUACAUCAUUGGAAGAAGCUGCUGCAUACCAAACUGAUGAGCACUUGGCUGGCCGUUUGGCAUUUUGUGAUUCUCCUUCGUUUGCUCAUUCAUGUGAGACAAAAUACAGUGAAAACAAACAUCUGAUGCUUGCAGAUGAGGAUGAUCUAUCUGAUUGUGAGCCAAAUUCUCCAUUCUUUAAGUUUAAAGGAGAAAUGAUAAACAAUGACUUAUAUGAUUCCUGUACACAAAACUGCACGACAGUAUUUCCAAGAGCAAGCCGGUCUUUUAUGUUAAGACAUCGACCUGUGCCAGAAAUCCCUGAAUCAAGCAAAACUGAAACUUCAACAAGCUCCCUUCAGAAAAGAAGAAACGUGGAUGUUAUGAAUGUAUCUUGUGCUGGGAGGCAAGUUUCACAAAGAAAAACUUUCACAGAAGAAAAGCCACCCAUCAUAUCUCCAUAUGGAGAAACCUUUUUUUGGGACAGCCUUAAAGAUGCUAAGGAACUUCAUGGAAAUGAACGCCUGGUUUGUGAAAUGAAAUCAGAUCUAGAAAUGAAUGAAGAACAUUAUUCUCACAAGAAUUCAUGUUCCCUUAAUCAGGAUGAGAAGACAAAGGAAUGUGUGAAAAAUGAACCCUUGUCUCAGGAAAACAAGUCAUUAGGACCAGAAGAUUUUGAAAGUGAAUCUGUAUACUCUAUUGUGGAUCAAUGUUCUUUACCUUUAAAGAAAAAGAAAAAUAAAGCCAAAAGCCACUCAUCUUGUAGUAAGAACCGAAGUGGAGAUUCAAAUCACUUGGUCAGUGAACAAAUGGAUUUUCGGCAAUUUGACGGAGCUCAAACUUCGAUUGCAAAUGAAUCAAUAACACCGUAUGCUUGUUUUUAUGGACCAUCAGUAAAGAAGCUUAAAGCAGGAUGGCUGGAUAAAUUAUCCCCUCAAGGCAAACGUAUGUUUCAGAAGCGCUGGGUUAAGUUGGAUGGAGACAGGCAUUUCUACUACAAUAAUGAAAAGGAAGUGUUCUCAAAGGGGAUAAUACUGCUCUCUGCUAUAGCAACAGUAAGAGUUCAUGGAGAGAAUAAAUUUGAAGUUGUUACAUCCCAUAGGACUUUCGUCCUUCGAGUAGAUAAAGAAGAAGAGAAGGAAUGACUGGGUUAUACAAUACUUAAUGCCUUGAAGUCUCAGUCUGAUAAUCGCUCUCAGUCUCGAACUUCUGUUGCCCCUGAGAAAAGUGGAUCUGAACUGAAAGGAUACAAAGCCAAAAUCUAUCUACUUCAUGGGAAUACUGUGUGGAUCUGCAAAAAUGAGCAGGAUUUCAAGACAGGAUUUGGUAUCACUUUAAUCCCUAUGAAUGUGGCAAAUGUAAAACAAGUGGAUCGGACUGCAAAGCAAUCUUUUGAAAUAAUUACUCCUUAUAAAAGCUUCAGCUUUACAGCCGAGUCGGAAAGAGAGAAACAAGACUGGAUUGAAGCGCUGCAGCAAUCAAUAGCAGAAACUCUCUCUGAUUAUGAAGUAGCUGAGAAGAUUUGGUUCAAUGAAUCCAACAGGAGCUGUGCUGACUGUAAAGCUCCCAAUCCUGACUGGGCAUCCAUCAAUCUCUGUGUUGUCAUUUGUAAGAAGUGCGCAGGACAGCACAGAUCUUUAGGACCAAGAGACUCAAAAGUCCGGAGUCUAAAAAUGGAUGCCAGCAUUUGGAGCAAUGAGCUUAUUGAGCUCUUUAUCAUCAUUGGAAAUAAGAGGGCAAACAGCUUUUGGGCAGGAAAUCUUCCUCCAGAUGAAGAGCUGCACAUGGAUGCCCCAGCAGAAAAAAGGAUUGCAUUCAUUAUACAAAAAUACAAAGAGGGAAAAUUCAGAAAAGCACCUUUUACCUACAAAACCAAGGAACAAUUGAAUAAGUUUCAGACCGUAAUCAUGAUUCCUGCUGCUUCCCAGUGGUUAUGGCCUUUGAAAAUGCGCUGUGCUGCUGUAGUUAAACAAGAUGUUCUAGAAACUCUAAUGCUGCUGUUCAGUGGAGCUGAUGUGAUGUGCGCUACUGGCGAUCCCGUUUACAGUACUCCAUACUUAUUAGCCAAGAAAGCUGGACAACGACUGCAAAUGGAAUUCCUAUACCAUAAUAAGUUCUCAGAUUUCCCAGGCUAUGAUAUUUGUCUUGAAAGUGGCUUCUCUGAAGAUUCUUCACAUUCCACCUUUCUUUGUGAAUUUUUGUACAAAGUUUCUUCUAAUACUACCAAGCUUCUUACAGAGAAGAAAUUAAAAGAAGAUUGCAACAAAAGAUGGUGCACUUUAGAAAGUGGCUUUCUGAGCUACUAUGAAAAUGAUAAAACUACAACUCCUAAUGGUAUGCUUGACAUCAGCGAAGUUAUCUGUCUUGUAGUGCACAAGUCAGACUUCUUUUUAAAUAGAGGGGACAUCUUUACCUUUGAAAUCUAUUUAAUGUCAGAACGUGUUUUUCUGUUUGGAGCUGAAACUGCAUAUUCACAAAGAAAAUGGACUUGGGCGAUAGCUAAGCAUUUUGUUCCCCCUGUGGCUGAAUGCUUCCUAGAGAGAGACUGUGACCUGAUUGGCCAACUGUACUACAAAGAUUGCCAUAGCCUGGAUCAGUGGAGAAAAGGCUGGUUUGCUAUAGAGAAGUCGAGCCUUUACUUUCGUCUUGAAAUGGAGAACGCUCAAGAAGAUUCCAUAUAUCUAAGGAGGCUGCAAGAACUAACAAUCAGUAGCGUGAUGCAAAAUGGAGAAAAAAUAGAUGUCCUCCUCCUUGUUGAAAAAGGAAGAACACUGUACAUUCAUGGCCAUACGAAGCUGGAUUUCAUGGUCUGGUAUACUGCAAUUGAAAAAGCAGCAGGUACAGAUGGUAAUGCGUUACAAGAUCAGCAGCUCAGCAAAAAUGAUGCUAUUAUAGUGAACAGCUGUAUAGCAUUUGUUACACAGUAUGGUUUAGGGAGCAAGAAGAUAUACCUCAAGAAUGGCAAUUCUUCUAAUGUGGCUGAACUUCUGGAAAGUUUCAAAAAAGAUGCAAGGAGUGUUAAACUAAGAGCUGGGAAACAUCAGCUUGAAGAUGUGACUGAUGUAUUGAAAAGUUUUCUUUCUCAAAUAGAUGAUGCUCUUCUCACUAAAGAACUUUAUCCAUUCUGGAUUUCUGCAUUAGAUAUGCAGAAUGAAAAGGAACGUGUGAGGAAGUAUGGAGCUUUCAUUCGGACGCUUCCACCAGUCAAUAAGGCAACUUUGGCUGCAUUAAUUGAACAUCUUUACAGGGUGCAGAAAUGUUCUGAAAUCAAUCAUAUGAACCCUCACAAUCUAGCCAUGGUGUUUUCUUCAUGCUUAUUUCAAACUAAAGGCCAGACUAGUGAAGAAGUCAAUGUAAUUGAAGAUCUAAUUAAAAACUAUGUGCAACUUUUUGAUAUAAAUGAAGACCAGGUCAAACAAAUGGAUAUAGAGAACAGCUUUAUUACCAGGUGGAAAGACACUCAGGUUUCCCAGGCUGGAGAUUUGCUGAUUGAAGUUUAUGUGGAAAGAAAGGAGCCAGACUGUAGUAUUAUAAUCAGGGUAUCGCCGUUGACAGAAGCAGAAGAAUUAACUAAUGAUGUUUUAGGAAUCAAAAACAUUACUCCCAACAAAGAUGAUAUCUGGGCUGCUUUUGAAGUACUUGAAAAUGGAGAGCUAGAACGUCCACUGCAUUAUACAGAGAAUGUUCUAGAACAGGUUCUCCACUGGAGUUCACUACCAGAGCCUGGCACUGCAUAUCUGAUAAUAAAGAGAUUUCUAACAGCAGACAUGAUGAAACUCUACAGUGAGAAAAACGUGAAAGGUAGUGUGAAAGCUGGCUAUCUAAAGUACAAAGAAGAACCAUCAAAACUACUGUCCGGAAACAAAUUUCAAGAGCGUUAUUUUGUCUUACGGGAAGGAAACUUGCUUCUUUACAAGGAUAUGAAGGCUAGCAAACCUGAAAAAGUGUUGCCUGUCAAUUCCUUGAAGCUUUAUCUUGGAGUGAAAAAGAAAAUGAAGCCACCAACAAACUGGGGAAUUGCAGUGUUUUCUGAAAAGCACCAGUGGCAUAUAUGUUGUGAUGGACAGGAUACGCAGAUGGAGUGGAUGAUCAGCAUUUUUACGGCACAGCAUGCCGAUAUAUGGCCGCCUGCUGGAAAAGCAAGAAAACAGUCCAUAACUAAAAGUCCAAAGAUUGGAGGCUUACCACUAAUUCCCAUUCAACAGGAGAAGAACACUUGUAAAAUCAGAGGGAGUAUAGAAAAUAUACAGUUGGGAUUGGGGAAACCGAAACUCAGUGAACAUAAUGAAGAUGACUUACUGGAAGAAAGAAAAAACUUGAAAGAAAAGGCAUCUAUGGUUGCACAAUGUUUGGAACGCAAGGAGGAGAAAGUGCAUAAUCAUGCUAAAGCACAUCGGAGCUUUAUCUCUGAGGAUAUAGGUGUGGGGAAGACUGACCUAUGCCAAAGACCACAUAAGCCACUGAAAAAAAAUAAGAACAAAACAAACAAAACUACAUUGGAAUUAGAUAAAAAAUUGCCAUCAAAUGUGAUUCAGGAACUAAAUACAGUGUUGCAGAAGAACAGAGUGCUUCAUGAUGAAACCUCCAGCUGAUGUCCUAAGUUUGAAGUUUAGAAUAUAUAUAUAUAUAUUCUGGGCAAAAGUAGGGUUUUUAUGUAUGUAGUUUGUACAGUGCAGAGAAAAUUUGUUUAUACGCAGCUCUUGAUUUUGUAUAUACAUACGCUAUGAUAUGAUUUAAGAUUGAACUGAGAGAAAUGAUUGUGCAAAAGUCCUGAAAUUUGGAAGUUUUGCUGUGCAGUGCAAUGGCACUUGGGUUUUAUCUAUUGUUUUUUGUUGAAGAUUUUGUUAGAUACAAGAAUUCUAAGCACUAUCAAAAGCUUUUGCUCGGUUCGUACUCCAUACCAUCUUGUAAGUACUGGAGAGAAAUUUUUGGAAUGAAGGCAAGACAUAUGCUGAAAUUCAUCCUGUUGGUCUGCAAUAUUUUUAAUUGUCUAACACUAUAAAAAAUGAGUUAACAUCUGUUUUGAAGAGUGAUUUUUCACAUAUAAUUUUUUAAAAUUUAAGAAUACAAUGAGUAUCUGUUACCAAAGAUUUGUCCUCUUGCAGAGCAGCAUGCAAAAGAAUCAAAGAGAAGGGAUAUAAUAGGUAAGACAAUGCAUUAGUCCUUGUAUCUCAACACCGUAUCUAUAUGGUAUACAUAUGACUGUGAUGCCUAAGUAACCAGAGAAUGUUUUGGAUUGGAAGGAACCUUAAAGAUCAUCUAAUUCCAAGCUCCCUGACAUGGGCAGGAACACCUCCCACCAGGCCAGGUUGCUCAAGGCUCCAUCCACCCUGGCCUUGAAUACUUCCAGGGAUGGGGCAUCCACAGCUUCUCUGGGCAAUGUGUUCCAGUGCCUCACCACCCUCAGAGUAAAGAAUUUCUUCCUACUACCUAAUCUAAAUCUACCCUCUUUUAGUUUAAAGCCAUUACUCCUUCUGCUAUUGCUAUGCUCCCUGACAAAGAGUCCAUCUCCUGCUGUCUUGUUGGCCCCCUUUAGGUACUGGAAAACUGCUGUAAGGUCUCCCUGGAUCCUUCUCUUCUCGAGGCUGAACAACCCCAGCUCCCUCAGCCUGUCUUCGUACAAUAGGUGCUCCAGCCCUUUGAUCAUCUUUGUGGCCCUCCUCUGGACUUGUUCUAAUGCUUCCAUGUCCUUCUUUUGCUGGGGGCCGCAGAGCUGAACACAGUACUCCAGGUGGGGUCUCACAAGAGCAGAGCAGAGGGAGAGACCUUGACCUGCUAGCCAUGCUUCUUUUGGUGCAGCCCAGGAUACUGGGGCUGGCUUUCUGGGCUGCAAGUGCACAUUGCCAGCUCAUGCUGAGCUUUUCAUCAACCAACACCCUCCACGUCCUUUUCCUCAGGGCUGUUCUCAAUCCAUUCUCUGCACAGCCUUGUACUUGUGUUUGUGGAUGCCUUAACCCAGGUGCAGGACCUUGCCCUUGGCCUUGCUGAACUUCACAUGAAGUUCACACAGGCCUGCCUGUCAAGGUCCCUCUGGAUGGCAUCCCCUCCCUCCAGAGUGUUGACUGCACCACACAGCUUGGUAUCAUUGUCAAAGUUGCUGAGGGUGCACUCCAUCCCACUGUCCAUGUCACUGACAAAUACGUUAACCUGUGCUGGUCCUAGUACUGACCCCUGAGGAAACACUACUUGUUGCUGAUUUCCACCUGGACAUUGAGCCGUUGACUACCAUCUAGCCAAUUUCUUACUGAGUGGUCCAUCUGUCAAACCCAUAUCUCUCCAACUUAGAGACGAGGAUAUCAUGUGGGACAGUGUCAAAUGCUUUGCACAAGUCCAGGUAGAUGAUGUCAGUUGCUCUUCCCCUAUCCACCAAUACUGUAACCCUAACCUUGAAGACUUGCCAGUGAAGACUGAGGCAAAAAAUUCACCGAGUAGCUCAGCCUUCUCCCUAUCCUAGGUACCCUGCUGUCCCUUUUCCUUCUGGAGAGGGCCUACAAUUUCCCUAGUUUUCCUUUUAUCAUUGAUGUACCUAUCUUGCUAUCCUUGAUGUCCCUGGCUAAAUUUAAUUCUAACAGGGCUUUAAUGAGAAAGAAUACUGAAGAUAACAAGAAGUUGUCUUUGGAGUAAUAAUCUAAUUUGAAAAUAUGAAUUGGAAAAAAAAUAGCAUCAUCUCUUUUUGCUCUAUAGGCUGAUAGAAUUUUAUAAACAGGCCCUGGUUAGCUUAGGGUGACAAAGGCAGGCUUUGCUAUCACUGCUUGGAGGUAGCUUGCUUGGUCCUGACAAAGUUGGCAUCUGAUCAAUAUUAAGUAGUCACAUGAGAAAUGAGUUUCCUCAAGAGAAAUUGAUCCCCACACAAGCAUAUCCAUCAGAAGGGCACUCACUCAGUUGAGAAGUGCCAGUUACUAAAUGGAUAAGAUCAACCUCUCCCUUUACCGUGAGAACAAAGGUGAACAGUCUGCUGUUAGCAGGGACUAGGAAACACUUGUGCUCUAGCUGAUGUGCUACCCUGCGGGUAAUUGCUUAGAUUUUUAUGCCCAGAGUUCCUUAAAUUAAAAAAAAAAAAAAUCAAAAUCUGUCUUCAAAACAAAACCUAUGUGAAAACCUAUGUGAAAUUGUUGGAUUUUCUUCAGUUGUUGUGUGGAUCUCACCUUCACUUCUCUCAUGGGAUUGUCUCCUUCCUCUCUUAUGGUGGUAUAUCUCAGUUUUUGCUUUGUUCCAUAGCAGCUGGGUGGGCCAGAGGCACUGCUGUGCCUGGUUCCAGGUGUCAGAUGCUGUCUAGUUAGCAGGACAAGAGACCUACUAAGCUUCUACUGCACCUUGUCCUUAAGGGAGGCAUUGAUAGCAGUGUCUGCUUUACUUUGCUACUGCUACUACUAUUCAUGAUCUAAUUAGCCACUCUACUUUGCCACGGAAUUUCACCAGCCUUCUAAGAACUUAUUGACACCUCUAAUUGUCCUCAAUUGCCCUCAUUGGGGUUGACCAAACCUCUUAGGGUAGAACAGAGAUUCUUAACCUACUUGUUUCAUUGUAAAUUAUUUAGAAUUGGUUUUUAAUUCCUAAGAUUUCAGAGGGAAAAAUUAUAUUUAAUCAGCAAUGACACUAUUUUUGUUCAAAGUUACUUUGGAGGAUGCUUUAUGUUCCUACUGAUUUUUUUCUUUAUAGAAUCAAUAUUCUCCCAUAUUCCCUCUUCUGUUUUUGGUAGUCACAGGUGCUGUAACGUUUCUCACAUCAGUUGUUUCCAUUCUUGAUUGCAUUGAGCAGUUUAAUUGGAAAAAUAAUUUGUUUGAGGAUAUUAGACAAAUUACUCAAUGUAUCUGGCAAAUCUGCUAGUAAGUACAGUAGAAGUGAGAUCAAAACCAAAUGUUUUAUAGUGUCUAGUAUUUAUUCUUCUGGCAUGUAGCACUGAGAAAGCAAGUUUAGUCUUUCAGACUUUGCACUUACCGCAUUUGACCAGUUGUUAAAUCUGAAAUGAGUUUGUACGUUUUAAUUUUCCCAGUGCACUAUUGACUGUUUUGCUACUUCUAAUUUGUAAUUGAGCCUCUUCUUUCUUGAGCCAGGGCCUCAAUGAUUAGCAUAUAAGCCAAAACUUAACCUGUAUUGACUGAAGCCUGUGCUUAAUGUUAAUAAGCACAUUCUUAAAUGCUGAUUUGAAUCAGGGCCUAAUGCCAUCAGGAGGUUACUUUGUGUCUGAGGCUGGACCUGAAUUUACUGUUUACAGUCGUACUUUUAUUUGCAAGUAUUUUUCAGUAUGGAGUUAUGGUUGCUGUAUUGUUUAUCUUUUUAUUGGGUCCUUAAAAAUGACAUUCACCUCACUGCUGAAAGCCUCAUGCAUCAUUUAAGCCCUACGCUAAUGGAAUAAAUGGAGCAAUGGAAGGGUUUUGUGCGUUGGAGUGAAAACGUCCAUGAAGAGAAUGUUUUGUAUAUUUGUAUUGAAUCUAAGGGCUAAAGAAACAUUUGUUCUACUUCAAAAGCAGACCUCGGAUAAAGUGUCUGUAUGGCUGCUGCUAAAGGGCCCUGAAAAUCAAGAAGAAAAGGUGUUUACUAAAAUACGUUGAAAUGUUUACUUUUCAAUUACAGCUACACUGUCUUUAAGGCCGUUGAAUCCUCAAUGGAAAUACAGUUUUUAAUAGCUCCUACGCAUAUUUGGUUUUGUAUGUGUAAACCCACAUACACUCUCACUAUGUAUGUAUUUGUGUGCAUACACUUAGGUGCAUAUCCACAGAGGUGAGCCAAACGUUGACGGUGUUAACUCAAGGAAUAUUACUUUGGGAAAAUAGAAAUUAAAUCUGCAAUGGAUUAUUUCAAAUAGGAAUCAAAGUUUUGCACCAAUUAUCUGACAUAAUCAUUCUUGCACUACACAUUUCAGACUGAUUUAAGACCUGCAGAAUAAAUGUGUUUUGUUGCAAUACCUUGAUGGCUGCUGAUCUUUUAUUAUAAGUUUUUGUGCCAUAUUGUGGAAUAGUAAAGGAAGUGUAAUUUUCAGAGGAUAAAUGCUAAUUAUUUGAAUAAAUGCUACUUCUGUAAAACAGGUGAUGGAUUUUUUUUUUCCAGAAAAAAAAAUAAAUAUUUUUUGU